UAUUAUGACAAUAUUAACUAGACCUGAUAAUUCGAAACACGAAUACACGACUGAUAAUUCGAAACACGAAUACACGAGUUUGUGAGUAAAACGACACCGAAAGGAGAUGAAAAAAAGAGAGAAAACUUAUUCUCUUUAUGUAUCCGUCUUGUAUAAAAAUUGUCUUAUGAAAACAAGAUGAAUAUACGAAUUGUGAGGUAUAACAUCGACAAAUGUAUUUAUUAUUAUUUUAUUUUAUUUUAAUAAGACGGAUUAAACUGUAGUGGAGACCUAGUAAAGGGAUCGGUUCCCAGUUAAGUUAUAAAAGGAAAGCCUGAACCUCUUCACUUCAUAUCUUCAUUUCAUAUCUGCUCAUCGAGAGAGGCACCAGCAAUGGCUUCUUUGAUCCACAAGCACUUCUUUCCUCUUUGCAAAUCCAAGUCCAACUUUUACCCAGACGCCCCUUUCCUCAAUCGUCCUGCACUUGCUUUUUCGUUUGGUCUCAAGAAGCCCUCCUUCUCCUCCUUCCCGUGUAGCCCAAUCGUGUGUAAGGCUGUUUCUGUGAAACCACAAGAGACUCAAGUCGAAGGUCUUAACAUCGCAGACGAUGUUACUCAGCUUAUUGGAAAGACUCCAAUGGUGUACUUGAAUGACAUUGCAAAGGGAUCAGUUGCUAAUAUUGCUGCCAAGCUUGAAAUUAUGGAGCCAUGCUGUAGUGUGAAAGACAGGAUAGGGAACAGUAUGAUAGCAGAUGCUGAAGAAAAAGGACUUAUAACACCAGGGAAGAGUAUAUUGGUUGAGCCUACAAGUGGGAACACUGGCAUUGGGCUUGCAUUUAUAGCUGCUUCAAAAGGGUAUAAGCUGAUCUUGACAAUGCCUGCAUCAAUGAGUCUGGAGAGAAGGGUUCUUCUAAAAGCAUUUGGAGCCGAUCUUGUUCUCACAGACUCCUCAAAGGGCAUGAAAGGAGCAGUUCAGAAAGCUGAAGAAAUAGUCAACAGCACACCCAAUUCUUACAUGCUUCAACAAUUUGAUAAUCCUGCUAAUCCAAAGGUACACUAUGAGACAACUGGCCCAGAAAUCUGGGAAGACACCAAAGGGAAAGUGGAUAUAUUUGUUGCGGGGAUUGGAACUGGUGGAACUAUAUCUGGGGUUGGUCGCUUUCUCAAAAAUCAAAAUCCUGAUGUUAAGGUGAUUGGCGUGGAGCCUACAGAGAGUAACAUAUUGUCUGGUGGAAAGCCUGGCCCUCACAAAAUUCAAGGGAUUGGAGCAGGUUUUGUACCAAGGAACUUGCAUCAAGAUGUGCUUGACGAAGUAAUAGAGAUUUCCAGUGAUGAAGCUGUCGAGACUGCAAAGCAAUUGGCACUCCAAGAAGGCUUGUUGGUGGGCAUAUCUUCUGGAGCAGCAGCAGCUGCUGCCAUCAAGGUUGGAAAGAGACCUGAGAAUGCAGGAAAACUUAUUGCAGUUGUGUUUCCUAGCUUUGGGGAGCGAUACCUAUCCACAGUUCUUUUCCAGUCAAUCCGGGAAGAGUGCGAGUCAAUGCAAGCAGAGCCAUGAAACAAGUGUGUGCGAGUGUAGUGUGUCGGUUUUGAUCAUUUAGAAGUCGCCCAAAGGACAUGGUAGAGAUCCAGCAAACAGGGGCUCAUCAUUUAUUACAUGUUUAUUUAUUACUUGGAGUAGGAGUAGGAUUUGAAAUAAAGCAUAGUCCUUAAUAUGGCUGGCUAUGCACCAAAUCGUUGUGUUUUCUUUAAUCUAUGGUUUAUGCACACGAUAAUGAGAUUUCGCAUUCAUAACAAUUAAUAUUAUUCACUUGUUCAUAACAAUUACAUGAAUCCUCCUACUUGUUGUGCCCCAAUGUUUUGUUUUUCACGCCUACGGUUCUGCCAUUUUCAAACUUGUAUGUUUGGUAAUAUGAUAAUUUUACCCUUAUUGAUAAUUUUUACCCUUUUUCAUAGUUCAAUG